AUGGCAUCAUCCAAUGAAGAGCUUAAUUCUGAUAACAGCUUUUCAUCCGUGCCUGGCUCAGGAAAUGAGAACAUUGCCCUAGCAACAGAUGGACCUUCUGACUCAAGGUGCCCUAUCUGCUUGGAAAGAAUAACGAAUGUUGCCUUCUUAAACCCCUGCUUUCAUAGAUUCUGUUUUGUUUGCAUCCUAGAGUGGUCAGAAAGGAAAGCAGAAUGUCCACUCUGUAAGCAGCAUUUUAACUCUUUCUUUCACACCAUAAGAUCUGACACUGAUUUUGAAGAGUACAUUAUUCCCUUUGAAAAUGCAUCCUUUGGCCUGUGUGGACAGAGGUCAGCAAUUGCUCAACUAUCCGAGUCACUGCCAGACAAUGGGAUCUUGUAUGAAGGAUUCUCUGAUGAUAGGAUGAGAACACUUGAUGAACUGAUGAGACAGCUUGGGAUAAGGAGGUCAUCUCACCCAGGAGGUAUAACCCUUGGGCAAAUUCGAGAGCAGGUUACAAUUAAGUUCAGGAGGGACCUUUAUCGAUCUGGAGUGCGUGUCAGGAAUGUCCAAAGUGGAGGCUUUUAUAGAGAUAUAUCAGCAGAUUUUUUCCACAGGAACCCUGUCCGUCUUAACAGGUUGGUUCCCUGGUUGAAACGUGAGCUGAGAGUGCUAUGUGGUACACAUGCAUCCUUGAUCAACAACAUACAGCAUAUCAUUUUGAAUAACAUUACCAUCUAUGAUAUGGACAGCCAAGCUUUUGCUGACAUUAUGCAGCCUCAUUUACUCCAUUACACCAAUCAUUUCUUGCAUGAAUUCAUCAGUUUUGCCUGCUCCCCUUUCAAUAUUAAGAUUUAUGACUGGCGAGCCAGUUAUGACAUUCCUUUUCCUAUACAUGAUGAUGUGUUCCUGUCCUAUUCAUCAUUUACUACAUCAUCUUCAGAAGAAGAAGAAGAGGAGGAGGAAACGGAAGAGACUGAUGAGAAUGAGGGAGAAGAUAGAGAAUCAAUGACAAGUAAUGAGGAAAGAACUUGGGAUGACGAAAUAGGAGGAGCAACCAGUUCCAGUUCAGAUCAGACUCUGGAUGAGUUUUUUCUUCCUUUUGGAUCUUCAGAUGGGGCACUCGUAAGAAGUGAAGACAAUAUGCAUGUAUUUUUCCAAGCUGAUGCACAUUUAAGUCCACACAACAGACAUUGCCCAUUAUACAAAUGUGUCCACAAUGAGAUAGAAGAGAGUACACCGAUGCUGUGCGAGUCCAUCCCCAAUAGUAUGGAGAGUGCACAACACAAUGUAGAUGAUGAUGAAGAAGAAGAGAUGGUAAAUGAGCAGAAGGCCUUAAGGAGUCAUAGCUUUACUGGUAGCAUUCAUAGUGCAAGUACAGCUAUCUCUGAUGUUGGCCAGAUUGCUAGCAGUAAUCGAAUGUUUGAUGCUUUGCAGGUUCCAUCUCAAGAGCAAGAGACAGAUAGCUUGGAUCAGACACCAUCACAACGAAAGGACAUAGUUAGUACCAAGCUGAUCCAUCACAAAGGAGAGGAGAUCAUUGUCAUUGAGGUGCUUCAGCCCCAAACAGAAGACAUUUUGGUUAUUGAACACAUAGAGCUGAAAACAAGAGAAAUGGAUGACACUGGUCAAAUGCCAUGGCAAGGUGAACAAACGGCCAACUCUAUGGGACUGCAAUCUACUGCAGAAGAUGCCCCAAGCAGUUCUGGUACCAAGUGGGAUGGUGGAUGUUUUUCAUGUAUCAGAAGACCUUGA